CUCGCCCGCCUCGCCCCUGUGCUGCCACGUCACUGAGCGCAUGCGCUUGGACACGGCCGUGCGCCGCAGCGCCGAUGCGUGCGGGCUGGUGGGCGUCGAGGACACGGCUGCCUCGGAGACGCUGGCUGCGCGCCUGCCGCGGCCCCCACCCUCGGCCUCGGCCUCCGGCGCGCCCUCCUCCUUCCCCCCGUCCCUUCCCUUUGCGCGGUGGAAAAACGCGCGGAUCGCCGACAUGCUGCUCCGCCGCCGCGCCUUGUCCUCGGCCACCACGCGCUGCGCCGCCGCAACCGGCGGCAACGCCGGCGGCGGCGUGGCCGCCUUGGGCGAUGCAGGGAGCCUCGGCAUCGGAACCGAGAAUCCCCGGGGCGCCCUUGCUGGCGAGUCAACCGCCGCUGCCACGCCCUCGCUGCCGUCAUCGCUGACGCUGCCGCUGCUCGUGCUUCCGCUGCCUGCGCUGUGCUCCGAGUCAGACGACCACUCCACGCCCUGCGCUGCAUUGCUUCUGUUUUCCCACUUGCCAAAUAAAUCGCCUGUGCUGCCGCCCUUUGUCCGCCGCCUGCCUAUCCGCCGCCCCUUUUCCGUGCGCCGCCCCUCCCACCACCUCUGGUGCGUCUGCAUCCACUCUGUGCUUAGUGAUCCGAUCAAUACUCGUACUGCCAUGCUGACCCCAUCCUUUUCCCACUGCUCUUGACUCAUUUGGAACACCUCUGUUUCGUCAUUAGUCGCAUGGCUGUAGUCGCAGGAGAGUGGCUUCAGGACUUGUUUGUGGACUGCCGCUUUGUCUCUGUACCGGUCCUCUAUGUUUUCGGAACCGUGCAUUUAGACUUGAAAUAACAAUGGAAUUUAGAAUUGGGGGAUAACAGAUAGAAAAAAAGAAUAUAAAAGCUAUAAUAAUAAAAAGAACAACGGGGGAGGAGAUAAUAAAAAACACAAUAGCCAUACAGCAAGACAAACAUAGAUAAACACUAUUUUGUAUGCAAAUCGCCCCCGGC